GCGGCUACGGAGACCGCGGUGGCGGAGGCGGUAACGCGGUACGGGAUGCGGCGCUACCUGCGGGUCGUAGGGCUGUGCCUGGCCUGCGGCUUCUGCUCGCUGCUGUACGCCUUCAGCCAGCUUGCAGUGUCCUUGGAGGAAGGAGCGGCCGGAGGUCGCAGGCCGCAAGCCGCGGCGAUGGGUUCCUGGCUGGCAGACGUCGGACGCGGCCCCGGGAGAGGCGCGGGCAGCGCGGGCCCCGGCCGGCCGGGCAGGUGUAAAGAUUUCUCUCUCUGUUACUGGAAUCCCUAUUGGAUGCUGCCCUCUGAUGUUUGUGGAAUAAACUGCUUUUGGGAAGCGGCUCUUAGAUAUAGUCUGAAAACACAGCCCACUGAGAAGAUGCACCUUGCUGUUGUUGCCUGUGGUGAGCGACUGGAAGAAACUGUGACCAUGCUGAAAUCAGCUCUCAUUUUCAGCAUCAAGCCCCUGCAGGUCCAUAUCUUUGCUGAAGACCAACUGCACGAUAGCUUUAAAGACAGACUUGACAGCUGGUCAUUUCUACAAAGAUUUAACUAUACUUUGUACCCCAUCACCUUCCCGAGUGACAGCGCUGUGGAGUGGAAGAAACUCUUUAAGCCAUGUGCUUCCCAGAGGCUGUUUUUGCCGUUAAUCCUGAAAGAAGUUGAUUCACUGCUGUAUGUUGACACUGAUAUCCUUUUCUUACGACCUGUCGAUGAUAUUUGGUCAUUACUAAAGAAAUUUAAUUCAACACAAAUUGCUGCGAUGGCACCAGAACAUGAGGAGCCUCGAAUAGGAUGGUAUAAUCGUUUUGCUCGGCAUCCUUACUAUGGGAAGACUGGGGUAAACUCUGGAGUGAUGCUCAUGAACAUGACACGGAUGAGAAGGAAGUAUUUUAAGAAUGAUAUGACAACUGCACGGCUGCAAUGGGGUGACAUACUUAUGCCACUGCUUAAAAAAUACAAACUGAACAUCACAUGGGGUGAUCAAGAUCUGUUAAAUAUCAUGUUUUUUCAUAAUCCAGAAAGCCUUUAUGUUUUUCCAUGUCAAUGGAAUUAUCGACCAGAUCAUUGUAUCUAUGGAAGCAACUGCCGAGAAGCAGAAGAGGAAGGAGUCUUCAUUCUUCAUGGAAACAGAGGUGUUUACCAUGAUGACAAGCAGCCGGCAUUCAGAGCUAUGUAUGAAGCACUAAGAAAUUGUUCUUUUGAAGAUGAUGCUGUCCGUUCCUUAUUAAAACCUUUAGAACUGGAAUUACAGAAGACAGUUCACACAUACUGUGGGAAAACAUACAAAGUAUUUAUCAAGCAGUUGAUGAAAAGCAUAAGAAACCGUUAUGACACGCCACCAAAGGAGAGGUGACUCUUUGUGCCUGCUGAGUUAAAUGAUGGAGUGUAGCACAUCAGAGAUGAGAAGGAAUCGUAGUGGGGAUGGAUUUAGGGAGGUCUUUCUGUCUUCAGAGUAAUCGUGUCCUGAAGUUAAAAGAGCAGUAUAUUCGCGCCGUGAAGAAUAAGUUAAACCCUUGGGCUCCUGCAAGAAGACAAUGUUGAUCUCUGAUUUUUUGUGACAUUACUUGGUGUCAUUCCAGUGUUAAUGAAAACAUUGAACAGUGUGGCGGGAGCUAUGUUGGCUCUUGAAUCAAGUAAGUAAGAACAGUGGGGGGAUGGAUGGAGAAAAUGUACCUCGCACACAGUGGAGACAUUCAAGCUGUGAGUAUAGCAAUAAUUUUAUGUCAGCACUAACCUCACUUUAAAGUGUGAGAAAAAAGUUUACAGGAGCAGAACAGUUCUGUUUCUUAAGAAAUGUGAUAUAACCAAUGUAACCAUUGACAAUCUAUGUACCCGCAUACAUUUCAUCUCCUACAAUAUCUUGUGACAAUCAUGUUUAAAAUUAUUUGUAGACUUUUAAGAAAGCUGCACAUUUAAAAAUUAGCUGUAUGAGAAAGAGGGGAAAUAAUAAAAACUCCGGGGGGUGGGUAUUUGUGUGUGAUGUGUGUGUGUGUGUGUUGAGAAAAAAGUUAAGUGUUUUUAUUUUGUAUAUUUUAAACUGUCUUGCCAAACCUAAGUUCUAAGAUAUUUGGGGACAUUUCACCUUAAGUGAAAAAUUUCAGCUUUACUGGGUAUUCUGGAAGCAAAAUAGACCAUGCUGAUAAUGAAGUGUGAGAACCUUAAUCGCAACACUAGCAGGACAGUGGAAAAUGCAGUGGACCAAAUGUAUAAGCCUGUGAGAUUAAAAAGUGACCCAUGUACACUUCCUUCUACCUCAAAGUGCAUUCCAGGAUCCUUUUGAAGAGGCAAAUGCAGAGCCUUAUUUAGAUUAGACAAGUGUAAUGGGCAGUUCUGAGGAACAGGAUUUUUAUAUCUAGCUAUAGAAAAAUCAUUUUGAUUUGAGUAAUGUGCAUAUUUCCUGUUCUGAACAUCAUUGAAGACAGCUGCCUUUUUAAAAUCUGGAGGAUGAGAAACAUUAAUCCUUGUGCUAUUGGUCAUGACACUUAAUGUAACUGAGUGGGCGGCAUGUGCCAUGCUGGGCACAGGCCUCAUCCUACCUACUGCUAUUGGGUAUCGUCUUUUUCUCUUGGGAAAUUAUGAAGGAACCAUUUCAUUUAUGAAGAUCAUGUAUCCUCUGCAGGGGAAUGUUCAAAAGAAGUGUUCGUUGCAGUUGUUUCAACUUCUGAAGUUCAGCCAGGGACAUUCUGAGAGAAGAUUUAAAAUACAAUUAAAAAGUAUUUGUCCCUUUGUGCCCAGAACAGGGAUUGCUAGCCAACUCAGUACUCUAGAACAGAUAGACUGAGAGGAGCAGUCACAGUUCCUUGGCAGAAUGCCAUAAUGAAGUAAGAACCUGUGAACUGUGUUAAAGUUUAGCUUGUUAGAUAGAAAAAUGAGAAACUUUCCUUUGAAGUUUGGCUGAUAAUCUGAGUGAGCUUGCUAAAAGCAAAUAGCCUAUGUAUACUGUAACUAGGGCUCUUUAAGAAUUUUUUAAUUUGAAGAGGUUAAUUUUUAAAUGAAGAUAAAGAAGUAAUUUUUUUAAAUGAAGAGAUUAAAAUUAUAUGAAAGCAAUAGUAAGAGUGUUUACUUAGCAUACUCAAGACCCAGCACUACAAAAAUAAUAAUAAUAAUAAUAAUAAAUGGGAAGGAAUUGAGAGCUUCAGACAGUAGUACUCCAUUACCUAUUACCUAUCAGCAUCUUGUCACAUUUACAUCCUUUAUUUUUCUUAUAUUAAAGUCUCAGGCAUCAUUUUAUGUCCUUGCAGUGAAUGUCUCAAUGAUUAUAAGUAAUUCCAGUAACCACAUCAUACCUAGUAAAAGGAGCAGCUGGCCUUUGGUUUCAUCUCAUAGCCAACCCUUAAACAGACUUCCUUGCAAAUGUGCUUUUGACAAGCUGAUUCUGUUUUUAACGAGUUCCUCAGAAGGUUCUGUUAUCACAUAGUUUGAGAACUACUGGAAACUACUUGCCAUCUUAAGGUUGAAGUUAGAGUCACAACUAUUGGUAUAAUUGGUAAAUUAUAAGUACCAUUUUUGGAUAGAGGAGGCAGUUGCAGUUGAUAGAGGAAUUUAUAUGAGUAAGUUCCCUAAGAUUUUAUUUUUUUCAGUAGCUGGAGACUCCAUAGGCUUCAGCAUGAUUGGUUGAGGUGGUAUAGAAGGACCUUAAAAUGCAUUCAUACUUCUUUUGUAUGAAAAGAAUUUGGAAAUCCUCUAGAAAAUAUAUUUUAAGAAAUGCAGUUUUCCCUUACGAAGAAGAGCUCGCGAGCAAUGCUGUUGCUUGUCUUGGACACAACUUUCUCCUGGCUCUUAGCUGCCUCCUGUCAAAUAUCAGUGUAAUGAUAAGUACAGGUUGGGGUCCUGGAUUCCCUCCUUCUUAGGCUUGAGGGGGCACACUGAUUGUACAUAGUGCCUAAGAAGGGAAGCUUGGCAGGGGUGACUGCAGGAACUUCUGUAGCCCUGUAGCCAUACCAGUCUUGAUGGGGGCUGGUUUACGGAGGGCCAGCUGCUGAGGUUGAGUAACUUGUCCUCCAGUGUAGAUUUGCUGAUGGUAUGCGGAAGGAUCAUACUUUAAGGAAGAGAAAGUAGAGAAGAGAAGGAUGAUGGAAAUGAAUGGUGAAGGAAAAGGGAAGGAAAGAAGAACGAGGGGUAAAAGAAUCAGGAAAGGCUGAGUAAGAGGAAAGAUGGAAUGACAGUGGGGAUGUAGAAAUGGAGGUAAUGGUGUGGAAACAUGGGGUCUCCCUGCCUAGGUCAAUGCUUGCCUUAUACCAACACAGCCAGGACUCGUGCCUUAUGGGUGGAGACAGCAGAGCCAACCUUGUUUAUUGGUAUCAGACAUGUUUCUUGGUGACGUUAUUCACUGGUAUUUUAGUAGUAGUUGUCCAACAUUCUUUGUUCUCUCCCUGGGUCCCAGUUUCUGUUUCAGUGUCCCUCAGCAUCUCCAAGGAAAGUCUGUGUGAAGGGAACUGCUUCAUUGUGUCUAACUUUUCUGUAUCACUUUCACUAGCACUGGUAAUGGGAGGCCAGUAGGGGAGUCACUACCCUGCCUCAUUGGGGAUACUUCCGGUUGAACUUUUUUGAGUGGAUUCAGGAGAACAGAAGAUGGUAGAAACAAGAGCAAAACCUUAAAGAAUAUUCAUUGUCAGGACAGAGAGUGGGCUCAGUGGUUACGAGCACUUGUUCCCAGCACUCAUGUGGUGGCCCACAGUUAUCUGUAACUCCAAUUCCAAGGCAUCCAGCACCCUCUUCUGACCUCUGUGGACACCAUAUACAUACAUACACACAGGCAAAACACAUACAAUAAUCUAAAAAACCUAAGAGUACUCAUUCUCCUUUUUAGUUGCUUACAUAGUAACACAUAGUGCAGGCACAGUCAAGCCUCUGAGAUCUUUCUAGAAAGACAGUUGAUAUGCCUUUUCAAGCAAUGUUUUUGGUUUCUUGGAAUAAAUAGAGAAGAAAAAUAAAGUGUGCAAUAUGUCAGGUAUGGGGCCAGUUAUCCAUUUAUUAGGUGUAAUUUCAAGCGUCUUAAGUAAUAAUUGCCUUACUACAUUUUAAUAUUUAAUGGAGGCAGACUAAGAUGACUAGUAUCACAGUAGUCAUCUUUUUCUAUAUUGCCAAAGCAGCCCUCUUUGUUUCCUAAAGCCUGGCUAACUUGUUCUGAUGUUUGUUGUUUUUAAAUUCAUUGAAGAUAAAACUAGAUUUAAAAAACUAAGUUAUAUAGAUUAAGACAGUAAGACAGUGUCUGGGCAUGCUAGCACAUGACCUGUUACCCAACACUUGGGAAACUAAGGUACAUUCAAGGCCAUUAUGGCAUUUAUUGAAAUCUUAUCGAAAAAAGCCAAAAAAAAAAAAAAAAAAAAAAAAAAAGCUAAAAGUAUAUGUUACUCAAAUAUAUAGUAAUUAGAAAAUUAUGAGAAAACAUAUUAUAGUAUAUUGACCUGGGCAAUCUACAGUUGAUUACAUAUCAGUGACAGUUUACUUUUAAAAACUUGUCACCUCAUCCCAAAGUAAUUGCGAGUUAUCUACUGGGAUUUCCUUUAGACUUUUCUAUAAAUUGACAUUUCAAACAAUUGGGGAGCUUUGUAGGGAAUUUCUUUCAAUAAUACUGUGAAUGCCAGAUAUUUACUUCCAAACUUGAGAGCUGAUUGGAGCCUUUGACCUGUGUAGAUUAUGUAUGCAGUUGAGCUGUGAGAGCAUAUUCACACAUAGAGCACACCAUGACAGCUCCUAAAAGUUCAUUUCAGAGAAUGUGAUAACUACAUGCCAUUUAAAAACUCAGUUGUUUCACUGUGAUAGUUCAGUAGAAAUACUUCCAUUUGAAAUGUAACAAGUGGAUUUUUUUUAAUAUAAUAGUUUUCAACUUUUGUAUAAAACCUUUUCAGGGAAUAUUGAAAUGUUUUAAAAAUAAUCCAUAGCUUGUAGCAUUGCUGUAGACUGUUGUCCAUUUGGAAUUGAGCAGAACAUGCCUUUUUAUCUCAUGAAUUACCAUUGACAUCUGAGAUCUGCAUAAGAGGUGUCAGUGAGCACUGGAUCAGGUCUGUGUGCUGGAAUUCAGAAUCUGGAAUCACUUGCAGGUGUUUAUUCUGCCAGGCGUUUUGCAUGAGUCUAUUAGUGUGCUGAGUAGAGUUGUUCGAAACUACAGGAAGGUAUCGUGAUGAACCAUGCUGUGUAGACAUCACUGCCUUUAAACUGCUUUUAUAAUAAUGUGAAUAUCUUUCAGUUGCUUUUGUAUCUUGAAAAUUCUUUUAAAGGGGAGUAUAAAAUUAUAGAUGUGUGGGGUCUAGCUUGCCAGUAUUGGAAGAUGCCUUAUUCUGUUUUGGAGGGGUUCAGCUCAGGUUUUUCUUGAGAAACUGUAUUGCUGUUACUAAAGAUGUACUCAAUAAAAAUUGGAUUUUCU